AGACGGACCCGCCUUCCCAAGUGGCUGCAACCCAACAGGAGCCAGACAAGGAUCAAGGUGCAGGCCCCAGCGGAUCAGCGGCAGCAGGUCAGACCGCUACGGAAUCGACUACCUCCCAGGCCAGGUCGGCUUUGGAGGUACACAAACCCCGCCGCAUGGAGCUAUUGAGGGCUUGCACAGAGACGGGCUAUGACAGAAAUGUGGCGUACGUUAUGUCCCUUCUGCGCAAGUACGUAGACGAGUUCAUUCCCCUGUCAACAGAGGACUGGAAAGAGAAACAACUAUAUGUAAACCUCCUGUCCGAGUGUACAAAGCAUGUAGAGGCAAAGAUGGAGGGAGUGGCAAUGUACAUCUAUAAAUCCAUAACAGGGGAAGACUCUGACAAGCGUCUACGUUUUGCUAGAAAGCACUUGGGGUUGACUUCCCCGCCCGUUGAUAUCAGAGCGCGAAUGUCCAACCAAGGGGGGCAAAAUAGGGGCAGACAAGGGGCACAAUACAGAACAGGUUACCAGCAGUUCCGUCAGUCCUUUGGUCCUCGAGGGGCCUUUGCGGCAUCUAGGUUGCGAGAUACAUGUUAUCGGUGUCAAAAGAAAGGGCAUUUUGCCAGAGAUUGUAAGGAGAUCAUAUAGUGUCUAUUGUAUAAGGAGCACAGCACACAAGGGCUAAACAAGACGAAGGGGCAGGAAAGAAUAAGAAAGAAAACAAAAUGAAAAGUUGUUGUCAAUGAAUCCCUUGAUCUUUGAGUGACAGAAUAGGGAUAUAAAUACCAUGUGGUCAAGCGAGGUCGGGGCCGCUUAGAUGAAAAGUGAGAUUAUAACUGAGGAAAAUCGAUCCUUGAUAUUAUGUUGAGUGGAGUGUUUGAGACUGAAUAAAACAGCAUAGAAAUCUCUUGCAUCGGGUUUUCUUGUCAGUAUGUCAUUUCUUUCCCCUUUCUCCCCAUUCAACCCAAACCCUUUGCAGGAAUACAAGCGAUAUCUGGAAAUCCUCAGAACUCAUAACUGGGAACUUUCCACGGGCCAUGAUUUUGACCCCGUUGCGGCGCAGGUCCUAGUGCGGAGGCGUGGAAUAUAUUCAUGGGUAGACAUAUCGGGGAGAAAAGCAGACGCCCAAAGUGGGUCUGCCCCGAAGCCGGCGGAUGUUUUGGCCGGUAUUUGUCCACCGGAUUUCAGGGCCCUUCGCUUUCGCGACCCUAAUUUCUUUGUUUCUGGUAGUUUACACGACCAUCUGGAAAUUUGGGAUCAGGUUUUGGCGGAAUGCCCGGGAAUGGGUGAUCAGGUCAGGGUGUGGUUGCACGGGGGAGUGGAUUUAUUUGAAUUUUUCCAGCCGUAUCAAGGUAAAUACCGAGGCAGGGACUUUAAUUCAGAAACGCCUCCUCACAUGUAUUUUCCUAACGCACCUAUCUGCAAGCAGUUUGUACCUUCCAUCAAUGACACAAUCACAAAACGGUUAAUAGAGGGUUCAGUGGAGUUAUUGGGGGCCGUGCAUGAGGUAUCACCACCAAAAUGUGUAAAUGCCCUAUCGAUUGAGCCAAGUAAACCCAGACUGGUCCUGUCUAUGAAAGGCCCAAAUCUAUGGUGUAAGGACACACCCUUUAAGUUGGUACCAUUGGGAGAUAUUGUCAAGCCAGUACAUAAGGGAGGUUUCUUUUCAGGAACUGACGAUGCCCAAGGGUACAAACAGCUUCUUCUUACAGGGAGGUCUAAGACAUUUUGCGGGUUCGAAUGGGCGGGGUUUUAUUUUGAAGAUACGACCCUGCCGUUCGGCUUCAAAAAUAGUGCCUAUAUUUACUCAACUGUCGGCUUCUGUCUUUCGACAUGGCUAAAAAACAGAGGCAUUCACACAGAAGUUUGGAUUGACGACCGCUUCAUAGGGGAAGCGGGCGGAGAUGGAAAGGUGGACGGCUAUAAAAAGAAGGAAACCUUCGCCGGAGUGAGGGAAGAUAUUUUGUCUGAAGACAGGGUGUGUUUGAAGACCAUGCAGAGGUUCAUUGGAAAAUGCCAGAGUUUUGUAUUAGUGUUUCCUGCAGCCCGUCUGUUUGUAAGGGAAUGCUGCAGUUUCACGUCCCAGAUGGAUGACGUCACGCCCGUUCAGCUGACGCAGUCGGUACGAGAGGAGGUCCUAUUUUGGAGGUUCAUUGAUUCAGUUUCGCAACCAAUACCUUGGAGACAAGAACGUCAUUUAAGAUUACUACUAAGUUCAGACGCAUCCGGCUAUAGAUGGGGUGGAGUGCUGGCACAAGGGAACAAAGGCAUCACCUUUGGAGAUUACUGGCCCCCGGAAGUUCAGAGGUCAACGGACAUCUGUUAUAAGGAAGCUCUGGCCCUUUACUUUGUCCUUAUCUCAGUGAUGAACCAGCUAUGGGACAAAAGGGUGGAUGUUCAGGUGGACUCGGAGGGAUUAUACCAUGCAUGGUCAGGUCUGAGGGCGAGGUCGACUGCUCUAGCGGGAGUUUUGAGACUCAUAUUAGCGUUUACUUUGGAAGCGAAUUUUGAUCUGCGGCUUCAGUGGGUACCAUCCGGCAGUAAUCGGGCUGAUGUUCCCUCAAGGACGCUGUCCAGGGCUGAUUCAAAGCUUUCCUCGUCUCUGUGGUGGCUUCUUCAAGAGGAGUUUGGAGGAAACACCGGAUUCACCUUGGACCUGAUGGCUCUGCAGUCGAACGUACCGCAGGGAAAAAAUGGGCUUCCGAUUAAGUUUUUUUCCAGAGACCUGGUCCCUGGCACCUCAGGGGUAAAUGUCUUUGCUCAGCCGUGUCCUAGGGGAGAAGUAUUGUAUGCGUUUCCCCCUUUCGUCCUAAUUUCAUCUGUCAUCCGGCUGUUGCGGGAGUGGGGGGACGUGGUUGCUACACUGGUCGUCCCAAAGCACCCUCACCCUAGGCCCUGGUGGCCGCAUCUAAACUCCUUCGCUCAGAAGUCUAUGCGUCUAAGUGAAGCAGGUCAGACAGGAGUACUCGAGGUGCCUUCUCGUAGCGGUUAUGUGCCUAACGGCAAGGGGCUUCCAUUUGAGCUUUGGGCUUUCAGGUGUUAUUUUCCGCCAGGACCCGAUAUCCUGCGAGAAUCUCGUACCCUCACCGAACAGAAGUCAGUCCUGAUUGUCUCUGAUUCUAUGUUCAAAGGUAUAGUCAAGUUCGCGUGGCCCUCCUUCCUCAAGGUCAAUGUGAAUGUAAAUGGUGGAGCAAAGAUGGCAACCCUGCUUAGGAUCCUGGCAGCAGCAUGUCGGUCACAAAAACUUGACUUGGCAGUUUUGCAUGGUGGUAUCAACGACAUCAGUAACAAGGGGAAAGGCGCAGCGGGAGUAGGGGAGCUAUUACGAGUUUUCAAGGUAGCGUCGAGGCGUUUGCGUGUGCAAUGUCCGGACGUCCAGUUUGUGCUGUCAGCAGUUUGUCAGACGCGGAGCGUUGACAUCAAUCAUCGUGUAGCGUCAGUAAAUUCCGCACUGAGAGAGCUUUGUGAGAGGCCUGGCUGGCACUUUUUGUCGAACGAUCACAUUUAUCAGCGCGAUCUCAAAGACCAGGUCCACUUGACAGUGUGGGGCAGCCUCAAGCUACAUCGGCGGCUGCAGAUGUUCCUGAGAUCCAUUUGUGGCGGGCGCACAGGAGUAGCCAUACAUCCCGAGGCAGAUCGACCUUCCUCUUAGGCACACUAGCUUUAAAUUAAUGAGCAUGGUGAGUAAAGGAAAUCCUUUCUUUUCUGCACAGCUCACAACAGUGAAGACCAGACUAGACGAGCUGGAUAGGAAAUUAGAUGAUCGCCCUUAUUGCAAG